UCACUUCCUCUUCGGGACUUCAGAAUUGGUCUGUCCUCCCCCGGGGUGGAAUCGGUCAGGCCUCGAGAGAAGUCUGGGACGGCCACGCCGGUGCUGCCAGGGCCACCGUGUGCCAGGAAUUGAUGCAGAUCCCUUCAACCCGCCCCCUCCCUGCUGCCCGUAGUGACCGAGCCGAGUGCGUGCCCUGCCCCCCUUUGGGCGACAUGCUACUGUGGACAGCUCUGCUCUUCUUGGGUCCAGUCCUUGGGACACCUGGUCUCCCGAAGGCUGUGGUGGACCUGGAGCCCCCGUGGAUCCUCGUGCUCCGGGAGGACAAUGUGACUCUGAAGUGCCAGGGGGCCCACACAGCCGGGGACCACUCCAUCCGGUGGUUCCAUAAUGGGAGCUCCAUCCCCACGCAGGUCCGGCCCAACUACAGCUUUAAGGCCACCGAGAAGGAUAGAGGGGAGUACGCGUGCCAGACGGACCAGACCAGCCUCAGUGACCCCGUGUAUCUGGAUGUGUUUUCCGACUGGCUGGUGCUCCAGACCCCUAGCCUGGUGUUCCAGAAGGGGGAGCCCAUCGUGCUGAGGUGCCACAGCUGGAGGAACAAGCCUCUAUACAAGAUCACGUUCUUCCAGAAUGGAAAAUCCAAGCAGUUUUCCCCCAUGAAUUCCACCUUCUCCAUCCCACGGGCAAACCUCAGUCACAGCGGCGAGUACCAUUGCACGGGACUGAUAGGGAAGAGUCUGCAGGCGUCACAGCCCGUGGCCAUCACCGUCCAAGGGUCCAGUUGGAGCGACUCCUCAGUGACAGUGAUGAUUGCGGUCACGGUCGCUGGCGUUGCUGCCGUGGCCAUCCUUGCUGCCGUUGUGGCCUGGUUCCGCCACAGGCAAAAGCAGACUUCAGGAUACCCUGAGCACAGGGAAAUGGGAGAGACCCUCCCUGAGGAACCAGCCAAUCUCACGGAUGCUGAAGAUGCCGCCAAAGUUGAGGCUGAGAAUGCCAUCACCUAUUCACUUCUCUUGCACCCGGAAGCCAUAGAGGAAGAAGCAGAGGACCCGGAUUACCAGAACCACAUUUAAUCUCCAUUGUCUUGCCUGAGAUCCGGGGAGGAGAAUCAGAGGGGCCAGAAUCAGAGAAUCAGAAUUCUUGCCUGGCCUGAACUCCCCUUGGGGAGGACAAGAGGAUGCUGCGGUUCCAAAGAAGGAGAAGGACUCUUCCCGAGCGACCUGUGUGAAUCCUGAAGCUCCCUGUCCUCAAAGACAAUACGGCCCCAGACAACUGACUGUAGUGAGUCCUUCUGCGUCUCUGUCCUUCUCACCAUCGAGACUCUUCUGCAUACAUCCACACAGCAGAUAAAAAAUUACAUUUAUUAAGAGAUUGUAGCAACAUGGGAAAUAUUUAUGUCACAGGCACAUGAGAAACAUUACGGAAGUAUGUACAAUUUCAGAAAUGAUGAAACAGACUAACAUUGGCCAACACAUUAAAAGUGGUUGUUUCAGGGUCAUGGCGUUAAUGAUGGGUGCUUUCCAUUUUCCUUCCUUAUUUUUCUACACGGACCGUGUGUUCCUUUUACAAUAAAAUACUAUAAAAACAA